AGAUGAUGAAUGCCAAUUGUGAUUGAUUAUGUAAUUGUUUAAGUAUAGGACAAUCAGUUGCCCAUUUGAGAAUUUUUAUGUGGCCAAGCAUAGAUAUAGUGUGCUUUUGGAGGCAUAAAAAUUCUCAAAUUGUCCCACGUUUGGACAAUUCAAGGCUGGAUAGAUUGGAAUGCUUUUGGUUACCUGAUUUAAAUGCACAUGCUAGUUCUGCGUUGUAUCUAUCCUUUUCUCUCUGGUUACGUUUCUUAUAUUUAUUUCUAAUAUCAAAUAUCCUCACAUUAUGUGGAUACUUGACAUGGGAAUCAAAUGCAAGAUCAACGUAUUCGGAGAGACAUGGGGAGAUGCUGUCGGAAUUUCAGUGUGGGCAUUUAAAUGGGAACAUGAAAAUAUUACAAUCUAUCCAGUCUUGGAUGGGUGACUGAUUUAGUUAGUCAGUUAAAGAUACCAUUAGAGAUUCUAUUAGAUGCCUAAAUCGUCGUUGCUUGUGGGGUGAGCAAUAAUGGUGCUUGUUUCAUUAUAAUUUGUCUCUUUAGUACUCUUCCUUAAAUUUCUCUUAUACCCAUUCUAGUUUAUCUCUCCUAGGAAGCUUUAUCGGGCUCACGUUGUAUUUCAACUAACUUGUCGAAGUAGCCGAGGAACAUAGUGAUGGAUAAGAGUUGGAUUCAUUUGUCAAGGGUAAGCAAUGCAUACGUAAGUGGAGCUAAGGAAUUCCUAGACUUUGCAUUUACAAAUACAAGUGAUAGAGGGAGGAUCCUAUGUCCAUGUAAGAACUGCAAUAACAACUUCUGGGUAUCUCGACAAGAAGCAUACGAUCAUAUCGUGUGUGACGGAUUUAAUACGAGUUAUACUCAUUGGCAUUUUCAUGGGGAAGCCACGUCUUCUUCUAUGCCUAAUCUGGAUCCAAACGAUGAUAUGCACGAAUUGUUACAUGAUGCAUUUGAUUUUUCGGGUCCGGAUGAUCAAGAGAGUGAUGCAACAUAUAGACCUACACAGGGGCUUAAUACUGAAGCACAACAAUUUUUCAAAUUAGUAGAAGACGCCGAUAAGGAAUUGUACCCAGGCUGCAAGAAGUUUAGUAAGCUUUCUUUCGUUAUUCGACUAUAUCACAUAAAGUGCCUUGGUGGAUGGAGUAACAAGUCAUUCACGAUGUUACUUGAAUUGCUAAAAGAUGCACUUCCCGAAGGUGAAACCUUACCAAGGUCUUUCUAUGAAACCAAGAAGAUUAUUGGGGAAUUGGGCCUAAAAUACAAUAAAAUUGAUAUGACGAGGUGA